AUGGACUCCACAUCUUCGUCAAAACUCACCUACAUUCCUGAAGAAAUUGUACGUGAAAUCCUCCUGAGGUUGCCGGCCAAAUCUUUAAUCAGGUGCACUGCGGUGUGCAAGUCAUGGAGUUUCCUGAUCAAAAGAUGUAACUUCAUUGACGCCCAUCUCAGCCGCAAAUUAUCAUUCCAAUCCAACCACCAAAUCGUCGAUGGUUGUCAACUUCUUCUGCUGGAAAAUCACACCAAGCUUAACUUGUUGUCGUGUUAUGGGGAUAUCCUUUACCUUAACCCUGCGUUACCUGGUGGUGCUGCUGUUACCGAGCUUAUGAAUCCACCAAUUUUGAACGAAAACACUGGUUUCGCCAUGGUCCAAACUCGUAACGGGCUUGUAUGCCUUACUUGUACUAAGGACCACAAAGCUGGGAAUGACAUCUUUAUUUGGAACCCUUCAAUUAGAAGGUAUGUGGGGUUGCCUAGGCCUAAUUUUAUUGUAAACCUAAAAAAUUAUAACAUCGUUCGUCACUUCUUUGGCUAUGAUUCUCACACCAACGACUAUAAGGUUUUGAGAUGUGUGAGUGAUGAUUUUACCCUAGUUGCGGUUGAGAUUUACUCCUUAGCCAGAGGCUCCUGGAAAACCCUUACCACGUCAGCUCCUACAUAUAUUUUGGGUUUGACGUCGCUGCUAACUGGCUUUUCUCUUACUGGGCUGUUGUCAAUGAUGCGCUGCAUUGGGUUCGACUCCGUGAACGAAGAGGGAAGGACCUUGUCAUUGUGUCCUUUCUGA